AUGCCAGCCAAGAAAAAGUCUGCGAUCCCUGCGGUGGAGCCCAUGCCUGAGGGCACCAUGAUUGUCGCCCAAUUCAAGUCGGCCGAUGGUGAAUCAACAGGUCCUCCUCUUAACUUGCCAGGCGAUGCCACUCCAGAGCAACUCGAAUUGCUGUUGAAUCAGCUAUUGAACCAGUCCGAGGAUCCCUUGCCAUAUUCUUUUCAUGUGGGCGAAGACGAGAUUGUAAAGUCCUUGUGGGUCGAUCGUAAAGACAAGUCAACCGAAGACGCUAUCACCAUUGUGUAUCAACCACAAGCUGUUUUCCGCGUGCGUGCUGUCACACGUUGUACCUCCACCUUGUCAGGUCAUACUGAGGCCGUCCUUUCUUGUUCAUUUAGCCCCGAUGGAUCCAAGCUUGCAACUGGAUCGGGAGAUACUACUGUGCGGAUAUGGGAUCUCAAUACCGAAACGCCACAAUUCACCCUCAAAGGCCACAAGAGCUGGGUAUUAUCGAUUGCAUGGUCUCCUGAUGGCAAGACGCUUGCUUCGGGCAGUAUGGAUAACACGGUUCGGUUAUGGGACCCGAAAACCGGAAAAUCCCUUGGUGACGGUCUUCGAGGACACACAAAGUGGAUCACCAGCUUAGCAUGGGAACCUUAUCAUUUAAACUCAAAAGCAAACCGACUGGCUAGCUCCUCCAAAGAUCAUACUGUACGUGUAUGGGACACGGUGUUACGAAGAAUGGUAAUGUCCAUUUCCGGUCACACCGCUGCUGUCACUUGCGUCAAAUGGGGUGGUGAAGGUUUGAUUUACACGGCGUCACAAGAUAAGACGAUCAAGGUCUGGAACUCAAGCGGCAUGCUUGUCAAGACACUUCAGGGACACGGCCACUGGGUCAAUACAUUGGCAUUGAAUACAGACUUUGUUUUGAGAACGGGUCCUUUUGAUCAUACUUGCAAACGACAUGCCACUGAGGAAGAAGCCAAGGCAGCAGCACUAAAGCGGUACAAGGAGUUUAAGGGGAAUCGGCCCGAACGUCUUGUCUCUGGAUCAGAUGAUUUUACCAUGUUCUUUUGGGAGCCUGAAACAAGCAAAAAGCCAAUUACACGAAUGACAGGUCAUCAAAAGCUUGUAAACCACGUCAGCUUCUCUCCCGAUGGUCGGUACAUUGCUAGUGGCUCUUUUGAUACAUCUGUCAAGCUUUGGGACGGAGCUACAGGCAAAUUUAUUGGCAAUCUCCGUGGCCAUGUCGGCUCUGUAUACCAAGUUUGCUGGUCAAGUGACUCUCGCAUGUUACUCAGUGGAAGCAAAGACAGCACGCUUAAGGUGUGGGACAUUAAGAAACUCAAAAUCAAAUUGGAUCUUCCAGGACAUUUGGAUGAGGUUUUUGCUGUGGAUUGGAGUCCUGGUGGUGAUAAGGUCGCUAGUGGUGGCAAGGACAAGCAACUCAAGAUCUGGAGACAUUAG